GAGAAAACUUCCAUCUCUACCUUUAUUAGCUUUUCUUCUCUUAAAAAUUGCAUUGCUUUAACCCAGUAGCAUUUGGUCUAAGUAUCUAUUUGUAAGUGAGAGAUCGUCAUGGCCUCCCCAUCUCCACAAGCUGGUCUAGGGUUGUAGAACCUUGCUCUCUUCUUGCCUGGCUCUGUUUUUGUGCUUGGUUUCUUUCCCCUUCCUCUUCUUUUCGGUUCCUUGCUGUUUGUUUGGUGUUGUUUUCUUUCUCUUGUUGGGUUAUUAUGCUGUUUGGGGCUGCUCCGUCUCUCUUAAAUUAAUUAUUCAUUUCGACUAAAAAAAAGUUAGGGAUCGUGUAGUGAACUCGUUAUAGCAUAUUAAUUGUUGUAUUUGAUUAAAAAAAAUCAUAAAAACUUCAUUGCUUUAGGGUGUCGAUCGUUUUUUUCUUCUUCUUAUUAUAGGGCAAGAGAGCUAGUAAUGGCGGAUGUUGCAUUGGGUAUUGUAGUGGCUCUUGCUGUAGAUAAAAUAGCUGAAGUUGUGUUCAAUGGAGCUAAGACGAUGUACUUAAGCACGCUGCGUUUCAAUAGUUUUGUAAAGGAAUUCGAAUGUAGAGUAGAAUAUCUAGAAUUAGAGAUCGAAAAGGACCUGGUAGACGAUCAAAAUAGCAGGAACUUACAAAGGAUGGCACAGAAAGCAAGAGCGCUCCUCAAUAAGUGUCGAAGAGUUGGUAGGAGGAACCGCAUCACAAGAUCUUAUUACACUUGGAAGAUCCAUAAAUUAAUUAAAGAUCUUAAGAUUCAUGUAGAGAUCAUGAGGGGGAAGAUUCAGAGGGAGAUCUUGGAAUUGGUGAGGACCGCACGAAUUGGAAAGACUAACAUGCAAAGGGUAGAUUCUACGGAUGUUCAGAUUCUCAUCAUCAGACAAUUUCAAAUUGCAUGUUUUAAAUCUGAACUGGAUGUCCUUUUGAAGGCGAAUCCUCUUAAGGAUGAGCCAUCGAUUAAUCCAAAUGAUGUUGUAGAUUAUGAUGCUGAAACUGAAACUGAAGCGCCCUCCUUUCACGUUGGACUGGAUGUGCCGUUAAGGGAACUAAAGAGGAAGGUCUUUACUGAUGGAGUGUCAAGGCUCGUAGUAACUGGUAAUCGAAGAUGCGGUAAAACCGAAUUGGUAAAGCAGUUUUGUCAAGAUGACGAAAUCCAAGAUAAAUUCAAAGGGAAUAUCUUUUUCGUGACGGUUUCAAAACGACCAAAUUUGGACUACAUUAUACACCAAUUAUAUCAACAAAUGGGUUCUGAGGCUAGUACUUUCCAUAACAAUGUAAGUGAAGUUAAGUGGCUAGAACAAUUCAUAAGGGAAGCGGGGCAAAAUCCUUUGUUGUUGGUUUUGGAUGAUGUUUGGUCUGGAUCAGAGUCACUACUUCAGAAGCUUGAUGAAUUCAUUGAAUUGAAUAAAGUUUCAAAUUACAAGCUGUUGGUGACCUCAAGAACUGAAUUUCCUAGGUUUGGUUCUUCAUAUAAUUUGAUGUUAUCAAAUAUUGAAGACGCCAUGGACCUUGUUCCUCUGAAAUGGCUCGCCACUCGGACUAUAGCUAAUUCUGUAGUCCCAAGGAUGGAGAGGAGAGAGGUCUUGGCUGUUGAUGACUUGCGUGUGGAAUUUAAAGCUGAGAUUGAGGAAGUCAAGAGAGACCACACAAAUAUCAGCCAACGGAACCAAGGACUUGUCACCCUCAUACAAUGUAAAGAUGAGAAGGGCCCGGAGCGCACAGAAGAAAAUAGAUGGCAUGGCAUGGACGUUGAUACCGUCAUUGAAGACUUCAAGCUUACACCAGAACUUCAAAUACUAGCAACAGAUCUGGUGCAACAAAAAAUGAGGCAGUUUCGUGCAUGGAUCGCUGAUCCAGACGAUGGACGCCGCGACUUAAAGGUCUUUGUAGCUUCAAAGAAAUGGUUCAAAGACUUGAUGAUCCCAGGUGUGUGGUUGACUGACACGCAUGUAGAUGCAUUUUUGUACUUCGUCCGCAAUAAUCCACAUUAUCAUCCCCAAUCUUUGACUCAUUCUUGCACAGUUCUGGAUACUGUGUUCUGGAGUUGGAUGACUGGGCGAUGGACUGCUUUCCAGAAUAAUACCACCUCCUAUGAGUGGGAUUCAGAUAUUUUGGACUACCCCCUUGGCAAGUCGCCUCAGUUCACUCGACAAUGGAGCGAAGUUGAUUAUUUGUACAUUCCGGUAAACAUUAGCGACCAACACUGGGUAGCUGUACGUGUAGAUUUGAUGCGUCGGAAGUUCACCAUAUACGACUCGAUGCAAUCAGCGUCUCGAGAUGAGUUCAUCUGUGACUUGCUGAAUCCCCUUGCGACGAUGUUCCCAUCAUUGCUUAUCCAGUCGGGGUUUUAUGAAAUGAGGCCUGAGUUAUCCCCUCUGAAUACACCGUUUCAGGUUGUGCGUCAAGCAGAAAGUAUCCCACAACAGUCGGAAAGCGGAGAUUGUGGAGUGUUCAUGCUUAAAUUUGUGGAGUAUCUGAGCUCCGGGCAGCAAUUAAUAUGCUUCAAAGACAAAGACAUACCAGCAUUUAGGGAGCGAAUGGCCUUCCGUUUGUUUGCCAUGAGUCAUGACAUCGGUGGCAACAAUGCACCUGUGUCAUAGAAGUGUAUUAUCAGCAUUGCAUUUCUCACUCGUUUACAUCUAUGAGUCUUAGAAGCUGAUCACCUUCUACUUUCAUUGUAAGGGGAAGAAAAAUAAAAAAAUUCAGUUAGAUCUAGUGGCAUCUCCCUUCUAUUAGUGUAAUGUACGGUAUUUAAUUUAUGGACUUGUAGUUAGUUUGGCGAGAGAUUCUGUGCUCACUUAUAUUCUUAUAGACAUUACAUCUUAAUCUUAUUUAGUUGGUGGGAUGAGCCCAGAGCCCCCACCUUCUAUAGUUUUGUAAUAGCUAUACUACUAGAGCGUUUAAGUUUGUGUGAUAAAAAUUCAAGGAAAUACUGGUUUUUAGUCCCUGUAAUUAUCAACGAUGUGUCAAGCAGCGUAUUCACUGUUCCAUUGUCCUGGCCGUGAAUGAGCUUUUCAC